AAGUGCGGGGCAUUUUCUCAUCGUCUUUGUGAUGAAGAGCAAAAAAAAAAAAAAAAAAGAAGAAGUACUGAGAGCGAGCUCGACAUCACAAGCAAAACCAUCUAGUCUGGACUUUGUUCAGACUGUUGAGGCGGCUGCCCGACCGCGAACUCCCGUGCUCUCCCACACCGGACAGGACAAGACGUCUCCGUGAACUCCUCCAGCUGUGGCGGACAACAGCUGAGGACAACCGCUGGUUGCGCGGGCAGGUCCAAUCCCCAACGCAGCGCGCGUCUCCCCUGGAGCAUUUUGCAGUGCGUGGCUUUUUGUGGAGCCCGGGCCAGAGAGGAUGUCAGCAGCUAAGAUGACAGAAGGGAGUGUACAGCUGGAGAGCUGCAAAGCACCGCUGUUCUACAGACAAAGCGAGCCUGCCGCGGGGGAAGUGAGGAUGUCAGUUUUACUCCUUCACGGCAUCCGUUUCUCGUCAGAAAACUGGCUGAACAUCGGCACACUGGAGACUCUGGCCAAGGCUGGCUGCCGUGCGGUCGCAAUCGACCUGCCAGGACUCGGCCGGUCCCAGUCAGCCGAGGCCCCGGCACCGGUUGGCGAGCUGGCCCCUGCAGGUUUCCUGAAGGAGGUGUGUGAGCGCCUGGGCCUGAGCCCGGUGGUGGUGAUCAGCCCAUCCCUCAGUGGGAUGUACUCCCUCCCCUUCCUCCUCCAGCACCAGGCUCUGAUACGAGCCUACGUCCCUGUAGCUCCCAUCUGCACCGACAAAUUCACAGCAGAGCAGUACCAGAGUGUAAAGGUGCCAUCGCUGAUCAUUUACGGUGACCAGGACACUCAGCUCGGAAAGGUGUCGCUCCGCAACCUGAGCAAUCUGGCCAAUCACAGCGUGGUGGUGAUGAGAGGAGCAGGUCACCCCUGUUACCUGGACGACCCGGACACGUGGCACAAAGCUCUCACAGACUUCCUUAACACGCUGUGAAGCUCUCACAGCGGAGAGAUUCCACAACACAGUCACAAUAAAUGACUCAGAGGAGCCACACAAAUAAACACGUUACUCAUUCAUGAGAAAUUUAGACCAAAAUCACCCUCCUGCAUAAUCGGAUUUUGACUGUUUAAUAGUGUCAGUAAUGAAACUGUAUAUCAAGUCUUUUUUGAUGAUUAGGAGCAGAUGACGCUCAGACUUUUAAAGGAAAAGCUCAGUAUUUGGGGCAUAUGCUUAUUGGGGCAACAGGUCCCAGCCAACAAAUAGUUUGGCACAGAAUCCCCCAUAUAACAGAGAUUUGUUGUUUUUACAGUCAUGAAAUUGAUAUUGAUUUUCUCAUCUAACUCUAGACAAGAAAAAGAAAUACUGUAUUUCCCAAAAUGUUGAACUUUUCCUUUAGUGCUGCACCAUGAAAAUGUAUAUUGUGUAUUACAACUGAUAGAGCUACAGUUACGAUUUAUUCUUUUAAAGAUUUUAUAUUUUCAGUUUAACAGAGCAAAUUAAUGAAUCACCAUUUGUGUCUCACUGAAAAACCAAACCACACACGCUGAAAUGAAGUGAAAAAUAUGAACAUUAUUUAAUAACUGAUUCUCUGUAAUAAACGAUUUGAAAAUA